AAAUCAAGCCUGUCAGUCUACAAACGGAUGUGGCAAUUCAUGACCCUCCAAAAAGGCUUGAUGAUGAACAAAACAGAGGAGGCGAUCGCGCGUGUAAGAAAGGGUGGCUAUGCCUACAUCUUGGAAUCUACCUUAAACGAGUUUUAUACGCAGCGCUAUUGUGAUCUCAUGCAGGUGGGAGGCCUACUAGAUGAUAAGGGUUAUGGAGUUGGCCUUCCAAAGGCAAUUCGUCUUCAUCUGCUUGUUUAA